GGGAACAAAUCGGAACAAAACACCAGAUAACGAUGUGCCAUUUGGGCGUAGUUGCUUUCAAGCCUCCGCAGUAAUCCUGGAAGAAGCAGGAAUAUGUUUUUAGAGGUCUUUCGCACAAUUUCGUUCGAAGAUAACCACCUAAAAGUUGGAUAAAUCAAAUUUUAUCAGCAAAAUCGUCUCGAGCUCAAUAACGCCAACGUAAGGGACCAGCGACGUUCCCGUUCCUGGAUGAUGGACAUUUUGAAGGUUACGAUGACUGGGGGUUUUCUUGCUUCCAUCUCGCAGAGUGUCCGUGUAUGUGUGUUUGACUGCAUGCACGCGUGUGUCUCCCCUCAGCGUCGAGCCUGUGUCCUUGUCCCUGCCUCCUGGCAGCAAGGAGCCACCCAGCAGCCGGUCUGUGAUUGGGUAGGGGAGUGGGGCUCUUGACACGGCACGGUGCUGACUGCUCCGGGACGUGUUUCAACAGAUGGUCGAGGUUAGAGAGUGUCAUCACAUCGGAGAGAGGAUUAGAGGAGAGAGGUUGUCUUCCAGGAGCUGUGUGGUCCCCCCUACUCUUCAACCCAAAAUCCCAGCACCGGGGCACAAACUCCUCUAUGAGCAACGGGAGAACGGCUCAAGAAACGCGAGACGCAAAACGAAAGAGGAAUCCAAGCCUUGCCUCUCUCUCACUUGACCGGCACUCUGCUCUCCUGCCUUACAGCCAACCAGAGCUGAGAGAGCGGCACGGGUGUAAGUGAGCGGCCUGGCUGGACCUCCUCUCCUGGCCAUCCCUUAUCCUCCCAACUACCCAGCCCCGUCUCUGUCGUCGUCUCAGGCACCAUGCUGGUGCACUGGCUGGCUUGGAUGACCCUGUUGUCUCUGGACUGGGCUCCAGGCAGCUGGGCCUUCGUCACCACCAGGGCUCAGGGCCUGAGAGGUCGCAUCCAGAGGGACCGCAGAAACAUCCGGCCAAACAUUAUCCUCAUCAUGACUGACGACCAGGAUGUGGAGUUGGGUUCUUUACAGGUGAUGAAUAAAACUCGCAAGAUCAUGGAGGAUGGAGGCACAACUUUCACAAAUGCCUUUGUCACCACACCCAUGUGCUGCCCAUCUCGUUCCUCCAUGUUGACGGGGAAGUACGUCCACAACCACAACACCUACACAAACAAUGAGAACUGCUCCUCCCCUUCCUGGCAAGCUCAGCACGAGCCGCGCUCAUUCGCUGUCUAUCUCAACAACACCGGCUACAGGACAGGCUUUUUCGGCAAGUACCUCAAUGAGUACAAUGGCAGCUACAUCCCACCUGGGUGGCGUGAAUGGGUUGGAUUGAUAAAAAAUUCCCGCUUCUAUAAUUACACUGUCUGUCGGAAUGGUUACAAGGAGAAACAUGGUGCCGAUUAUGCCAAGGACUAUUUCACAGAUCUGAUCACCAAUGACAGCAUCAACUUUUUCCGCAUGUCCAAGAAGGUGUACCCUCACCGCCCUGUGAUGAUGGUCAUCAGUCACGCAGCCCCACAUGGCCCUGAGGACUCGGCCCCGCAGUAUGCCGAGCACUUCCCAAAUGCUUCACAGCACAUCACCCCCAGCUACAACUAUGCACCAAAUAUGGAUAAGCACUGGAUCAUGCAAUACACAGGCCCCAUGAAACCAAUCCACAUGGAGUUCACCAACUUCCUCCAUCGGAAAAGGCUGCAGACACUGAUGUCUGUGGACGACUCUGUGCAGAAGGUUUAUGAGAUGUUAGAGGAAACUGGAGAGCUUGACAACACGUACAUCAUCUAUACAGCCGACCAUGGUUACCACAUUGGCCAGUUCGGAUUGGUCAAGGGCAAGUCCAUGCCUUAUGACUUUGACAUCCGAGUGCCUUUCUUCCUGAGAGGACCAAACGUAGAGCCAGGUGCAGUAAAUCCUCAUCUGGUGCUCAACAUAGACCUAGCUCCCACGAUCCUCCACAUUGCUGGGCUGGACACCCCUCCUGACAUGGAUGGAAAGUCCAUUCUUAAGCUGCUGGAACAAGAAAGGACUGGCAAUAGAUUCAAACCCAACCGGAAACCCAAAGUCUGGAGGGACACAUUCCUGGUGGAGCGAGGGAAGAUCCUGAGAAAAAAGGAUGACUCACUGAACACUCAGCACACCAACAGCCUUCCCAAGUACAAGAAGGUCAAGGAGACGUGCCAGCAGGCCGAAUUCCAGACACCCUGUGAACAGCCAGGACAGAAGUGGCAUUGUGUGGAGGAGAUCACAGGGAAGUGGAGGAUACAGAAGUGUAAAGGUGGCUCAAAGGAAGGCUCCAGGAAGAGGGCUCGCAGUCUGAAGCCCCACGGUAGUUACGACAACAGAGAGAGGGGCUGCGACUGUAGCGACACUACUUUUAAACCCUCCAGGGCCGAUCGACGCUCCCACCGACAGUUCUCCUCAUCUGGACAGCGUUACCGGCCGCGCUUUGUCCACACUCGGCAGGCCAGGUCUCUAUCUGUGGAGUUUGAAGGACAAAUAUAUGACAUUGACCUUCAAGCAGAUGAUCAGUCAGCCAUUCGUCGCCGCGUCAUCUCAAAGCGACACUACAACCCCGAGGACCCGGAGUUUGAUUUAGGGACUGAUGACGCUUCAGAAGAAAUGCUCGCAGACGACACCAAUGCUGUGGGAUACCCAAACUCAGUGAAAGUUACACACAAGUGUUUUAUCCUCAUGAAUGACAGCGUUCACUGUGAAAGAGAGAUCUACCAGUCCUCCAGAGCCUGGAAAGACCAUAAGAGCUACGUCGACCAAGAAAUUGAAGCUCUUCAAGACAAAAUCAAAAACCUCCGGGAAGUCAGAGGUCAUCUAAAGAGGACACGACCAGACGAGUGUGACUGUGGAAAGAAAGGCAGCUAUUAUAGCAAAGGGGACAGAAAAGCAGGGAGAUUGAAGAGCAGGAAUGAUCAACUUCAUCCGUUUAAGGAAGCUGCACAUGAGAUUGACGGGAAGGUUCAGCUGUACAACGAGAUCAGGAGGAGGAAGAAGGAGAGGAAGGAGAAGAAGCGGCAGAGGAAAGGAGACGACUGCAGCCUGCCGGGUCUCACCUGUUUCACACAUAACAACGACCACUGGCAGACCGCUCCACUCUGGUCAUUGGGUGGCUUCUGUGCUUGCACAAGCUCCAAUAACAACACCUACUGGUGCCUGAGAACCAUCAAUGAGACCCACAACACCCUUUUCUGCGAGUUUUCCACCGGCUUCCUGGAGUAUUUUGACCUUAAUAGUGACCCAUAUCAGCUGACCAAUGCCGUGUAUGCAGUGGAUCGAGAGGUGCUUAACAGUCUCCAUGCCCAGCUUAUGGAGAUGAGGAGUUGUCGAGGUUACAAGCAGUGUAACCCUCGGCCUAAAGGCUUGGAUGCAGCACACAGCCCAUAUGGGACGGCCGACAGGGUUAAGCUGCCCAACCUGACGGACGAGGAGGUGAACUGGCAGGGACUGGAGGAUCUGUAUAGCAUAAACGAAAGCCUUUAUGAAUGUAGGCCUGACUACAGCCCCAGCCCAGACAACUGGGCCAACUUCCAGAAGGAUGUAGAUAAUAUGUUUGCACUGCGACACAUUUUAAACAAAUUCAACCAAACCCACGUGCCCAAAGACUCCACCCUGCCAGAGCUGGGCUCCGGGGCCGGGGGUGGAGGCCUCGAAGAGGGUAGCGGAGAGGAGUCUGCCUCAGUCAGCAACGUCUGGCCAGGCUUUGCAACAGAGGCUCCUCCCACCACCCCCACCCCUAGCAAAUCACCGCCACCACCACCCACACCCAGGUCCACACUGGAAUGGAAACUGGAAUCUGUUGUCAACGACCUUCCUGAGAGACUCAAGGACACAUCAAGGGGGUCUGUGAUGUCAGCGUCAUUGGCGACGGCUUCAUCAGUAGGUCCAAGGAGAGAUGGGCUGUUCCAACAGGACAUGUGGGCGCAGCAGCUGGAGGAGAUGGAGGGAGAUGCGUUCAGCGGGAAUGGGCUGACGGAGCUGGAGACACGACACGACAGACUGCUGCGCACUCACAGCAGCCUGCAGCCUGGAGAGGAGGCGCGCCCUCAUGGUCUGGGCCUGGGCCUGGGCCUGGACCUUGAAGAAGAGGAGGACAUUUUCAAGGCCCAAGGCUACCUCCCUUUCUCCUCACAGACUCUUAGGCCCAAGGCACAGACCAGCACCCCAGGGAGCCCCCCCAGCUCACAGAGCAGCACCUCACAGAACGUGGGGCUGCCGCUGCAGACGCUGCCCAUCACCUUGGACUACGAGGGCAGCGGCUCUCUGCCUCCACCCUCCAAUCAGAGCCUCUGAGGCAGACGGCCAGCCAGCUAAUGAGCUGCUGGUCGCCAUAGAGACACAGAGACACAGUGAUUGGGAGAUGAGCUCGCCAAGAGUGAAGGCGAGUGAUGCCACCUCAGCUAGAGGUGUAUAAUGAGUAUUAAAAUUGUUGUUUAUUUUUUUACAGGUGCCUACAUUUAUUAGUAAACAGUGUUAUGUUUUUUAAAUCUAUAUUUAGAAAAAAAAAGCCUUAAUGCAGCUAAACUUGAGUGCUGGGAUGAAAAUGCUUAGUCCCACACAGAUAACACACCAUUGAUGUUUUUAAUGUUUUUAUGAAAAACAAGUAUGAGUGGUGAAAUUAAACCGAAUGAAUGCUUAGAAUUAGCUUUAGGUACGCUCCAGUCUUUAAAAGAAUUCUAUUCUCAAAAAUCUGCCCGGCAACAGAAUGCAUCAUCAGAAGACUGCUCUUUCACUUAUAAACAAAUGCAACAUUUGACCCCAAAUGCACUUUUAGCUUCGCUCUCUGCUGUUUGAGGAGAGGAAAUUUGUGUCAAUUGUUGAAUCAUAUUUUAUGAAAUGAUUAUUUCUACAGAAUUAAAGAACUGGUUUGAUA